AUGUUCUCGUCAUCAGUCCGCCGUGUGGCCAGAGCAGCCCCCUCAGUACCUAUUACUCCUUCGCUCUCGGGCGCCACUCCUCGAACUAUCGCACUCUCAUACCGCUCUCACCAAAGACGACUCUCUUCCUCAAAACCUUCCAGUCCUGCGGAUGGGUCGACGCCGCCUGCGGCACGAGUGAGCAAGAAGAAGGCCAGGGAGGUGGCUGCCAAUGCCACCGUGAAGGGCAGAGAUGCUUCUUUGCUCCAUCUGCCCAGUGUGCCCAGCACCCAACAUGUACCAGAAAUGCAGAUCUAUGCAUCCUCCUUCUUCUCCCUCCACCGACCUAUAUCUCUUACCAAGAGCUUUCCCCAAACUGUAACAGACGAUACCUUCGCCGCAAUCUUCACCCCUCGAAUACGAGUGAACAAACCCUCGGAGGUCAUCUCGACAUUGACGAAUACGGUGAAAAACCUUGAUUCGAUAACGGGGAAGAAAGGAGCAGGGAGGACGCAACAAGUCUGGAACGAGGAGAGAGAUGAUAUGCGAGCCGCAAUCACCGAAGAGUCAUACAGACAAGCAGUCCAUCUCGACACAUUGCCCGAAAAUGCUGCCGAGUUCACAAAGCAGCUCAUGUCCAGUGGAAGCAGAUAUAAGCCAUUCAACCCUCCGCCUCCUCCAGAGCCAAUGAAUUCCGCCGAGUCAUUAGCAGCAGGCGCAGAAGCCGCAGAAGCACUGGAGCCUCAACAUAGAACAUACACGGCUGUUCUCACCAUCGAGGAAUCUACAGACGAGAAUGGGGAGGUUACAUACAGCGCUCACUCCUCUCCGUUAAUCGAAGAAGCUCCUAGAGCCGGACCGACAAAAUUCCUUGAACGAAUGCAGAUCCGCCAAGAGCGAUACCGCGACCGCGAGCAACGAAGAGGGGGAAACGACAUGCUAGCUAUCUCCGUAAAGAGACAGCGGAAGCUCAAGAUGAAGAAGCAUAAGUACAAGAAGCUUAUGCGACGGACGAGAAACUUGAGGAGGAGAUUGGAUCGUAAUUAG